AUGGAGGGAGUAUCCCGGAAACCGGUUCCUAGCCACUACAAUGAACCGGAUGCUCGAGACACCGUCCAUACUCAGGAACGACCAGCGGACGACGCUUUUCCUCCUCAGUACGACCCUCUAGCUCCAUCGUCACCAUGGCGGACAGGAAUCUGGCGGAGAUUUCCAUGGACGGGAUACGCUGCACUUAUUAUUGCGCUUUGCGCAGCGGCGGUCAUGAUCGGAGUGUUGGUUGUUUCCGACGGACAAGAAGUCUCCCAGUGGCCCGUCUCGCCCGCUGUGUAUCUCGCUGUCGCGUCAGCUGUCGCCAAUGUUCUUCUUUCUUUCGCCCUUGCUCGCGGCACGGAAAUCGCGUUCUGGGUGAAAGCGCUGGGGUCAAAGACAACCGUCAGAGAUUUGCAUAAUACAUGGUCGUUUGGAACAAGCCUGAAAGAUGCAGUUUUGUCAGGCAAGGCGUUCAAUCUCGUCGCGUUGGCAGGUAUUAGUGUUGCCCUGGCGCCCAUAAACGGUCCGUUCCUGCAACGUGCAUCCACUGUUUCUGUUGAGCAAAGCAGCCGGUCGGCCUUUAUAAGGGUUCCCGUAGCUCGAGAACUGCCCCUUGGGUACACAGGAACUAUUGCCGGCAGAUCACACAAUACCGCAUUUCUCACAUCAAACUUUAGUGCUGUUGUCAAUGAUUAUCUCCAGCAGCGCCUAUUCAACGUCUCGCGCAGCGGAUGCUCUGGCCGCUGCAAGGGAAAGAUGCUGGCGGCUGGCUACAAGAUUGCUUGCGCCCAGUCUUUCCCGAUCCUGAACAUGACUCCCGGCAGCAACAAUAUUUCCACAGUUACCAGGCCUCACGAGGCCUUUGGGACCAAUUUCACUUUCGACCGACAGAAUUUAGGGGGCGAAGACUCCGAACGGCGAUAUGCAGAACGUCUUCUGUACUCUGCACUUGUCAAGCGUGACGUCGGCUGCACCACUGAAUUGAAAUGGCAAAAGUGCUCUCUCCAGCCAGCGUUGUUGGAGCAGCAUGUUCUCAUUUUGAACAACUCCAUCACACUCGAUCCGGAUUACACGUACAAGGAUGAUCGCCUGAUACAGUACAACCUUGCAUUCACAUCCGGUGGGGAAACUUCGGGCACUGGAACUACUCAUGGAGGCAUGGGGCUCAUUCUCUCUUCCAUGUUUGAUUCAUUAGCGACUGUCAGCUUUAGCGGAGCAGUAGGUUAUUUUCUCGCAGCAAAGGGGCGAGCGUCAUACCAAUAUUCCAUAAAGACUUUCUUCCCGCUUGAUUUUAACUGCAACUUUUCUUGGUCUGAUCCCACGGAAGACAUGCUGGCCACAGCGCGAGACAUCGCUUUCAAUGCAGCUCUGCGAGCUGCCAACGUGUCCAAUGCCUCAGACCUGCAAAACUUCUCCGUAACUCAGGAGCAAAUGGUUCCCCUCUAUCGAUCAAACUACAAAUUUCUUGCCGUGGCUCUAGUCUUUACUAUUCUCUCAGCCAUAUGCGUGGCUCUGAUUUUCUCUGGGUUCUGGAAAUUGGGACGCGAUGUGACCCUGUCGCCGAUUGAGGUUGCAAAGGCAUUUAAUGCUCCUACCGUGGUCAGUUCCGACUCAAACUCAACUGUCAAUACGUUGAUGAAAGAGGUGGGCGACAGGCAGGUUCGUUAUGGUGUCUUGUCUGAUGGUCAUUUUGGUGGAACGAUAGUAAGGAAACUUGCAAUGGGCGACCGAGAGCUGAUUUCAGCUCCAGAAGAGGGAGGAUUCUACGGCGGUUGA